GAAUCGAGUGUAGAAAUUAGUGACCAUGAAGGUUGACAGAAGCAAAUUGAAGAAAACCCCCACUGAAGCGCCUGCCGACUGCAGGACUCUCAUAGAAAAGCUGAAAGGAUGCAGCGAUGAACAGCUGUUGCUGGAACUGCUGCAAAUCAAGACCUGGAACAUUGGCAAGUGUGAGUUGUAUCAUUGGGUAGACCUGCUGGACCGUUUCGAUGGCAUCCUCUGUGAUGCAGGGCAGACAGUGGAAAACAUGUUGUGGUUGUUGGUGUGUGACCGGCCAGAGAAUGGGCAGCUAAAAGCCUUAUUGCUGGCGGUGCUCAACUUCACUGCACUGUUAAUCGAAUACAGUUUUUCAAGACACCUGUACAGCUCUAUAGAGCACUUGACCACCCUUUUAGCAUCAUGUGACAUGCAGGUGGUUCUGUCUGUGCUGAAUCUCCUGUAUGUGUUCAGCAAACGUUCCAAUUACAUCACCAGACUGGGCUCAGAUAAGAGGAGCCCACUGCUCACCCGUCUUCAACAUCUGGCUGAGAGCUGGGGUGGGAAAGAGAAUGGCUUUGGUCUUGCGGAGUGUUGCAGAGAUCUGCCGAUGUCGAAAUAUCCACCGAGUGCUACCACAUUGCACUUUGAGUUCUAUGCAGAACCCAGCUCUGAGGUCAAAGUGGAGAAAAAGUCGAGCAGUAAUACGCUACACUACAUUCAUAUCGAACAACUUGAUAAGAUUUCCGAGAGCCCCUCAGAGAUCAUGGAGUCUCUGACAGCUAUGUACAACAUCCCUAAAGACAAACAAAUAUUGCUUUUCACACACAUUCGCCUGGCUCAUGGCUUCUCUAACCACAAGAGGAGACUGCAGGCUGUGCAAGCCAGACUGCAUGCCAUCUCCAUACUGGUGUACUCAAACGCCCUCCAGGAGUCAGCCAAUAGCAUACUCUACAAUGGGCUUAUAGAGGAGCUAGUGGAUGUACUUCAGAUCACAGACAAACAGUUGGUGGACAUUAAGGCUGCCUCUUUGCGCACGUUGACAUCCAUAGUUCACCUGGAGCGCACUCCCAAGCUCUCCAACAUCAUCGACUGCACAGGAACGGCCUCCUAUCAUGGAUUUCUGCCUGUGCUUGUCCGCAACUGCAUCCAGGCUAUGAUUGACCCACUUAUGGAGCCGUACCCCCACCAAUUUGCCACAGCCCUCUUCUCCUUCCUCUACCACCUGGCUAGUUAUGAUGCUGGUGGAGAGGCCCUAGUAUCUUGUGGUAUGAUGGAGGCAUUGCUAAAGGUGAUCAAGUUCCUUGGGGACGAGCAGGACCAGAUUACCUUUGUGACGCGGGCAGUAAGAGUUGUGGAUCUCAUCACCAAUCUGGACAUGGCUGCUUUUCAGUCCCACGGCGGCCUCUCAAUCUUUAUCUGCAGACUGGAGCAUGAGGUUGACCUCUCCAGGAAAGAGUGCCCUUUUGUAAUCAAACCAAAGAUCCAGAGGCCCAGCACAGCUACUGAGACAGAGGACAUGGACACAGAUAUGGACAUGUCAGAGGUUGCCAUGGAGAGCAGUCCUGGCCCAUCCACUUCUGGUUCCAGAGCAGAGAUGGAUUUGCGAGGACAGAGCAGUGCAGCCAGCACUCCCAGAGCAGGAGUGCAGUGCAUUCCUCAGAGGGCCGCUCUGUUGAAAUCUAUGUUGAACUUUUUGAAAAAAGCCAUUCAGGACCCUGCAUUCUCUGACGGCAUUCGUCAUGUAAUGGAUGGGUCCCUCCCUACCUCUCUGAAACACAUCAUCAGUAAUGCAGAGUAUUAUGGACCCUCACUGUUUCUCCUGGCGACGGAGGUGGUGACAGUUUUUGUGUUCCAGGAGCCCUCUCUACUGUCAUCUCUGCAGGACAAUGGUCUCACCGAUGUCAUGCUACAUGCACUGCUCAUUAAAGAUGUCCCUGCUACCAGAGAGGUGCUGGGUUCCCUGCCUAAUGUCUUCAGUGCCCUGUGCCUGAAUGCCCGUGGUCUGCACUCAUUUGUGCAAUGCCAACCCUUUGAACGGUUGUUCAAGGUGCUGCUCUCGCCAGACUACCUGCCAGCCAUGCGCCGUCGACGCAGCUCUGACCCACUAGGUGACACUGCUUCUAACUUGGGCAGUGCAGUUGAUGAGCUAAUGCGGCACCAGCCCACACUUAAAACAGAUGCUACAACAGCCAUCAUCAAGUUGCUAGAGGAGAUCUGCAACUUAGGCCGAUCGCCAGAAUACAUCUGCCAGAAACCUUCCAUACAGAAAGCAGAUGGGACCGUCACGGUGCCUCCAGCUCGCUCGAACCAUGCUGCAGAGGAGGCAUCCAGUGAGGAUGAGGAGGAGGAAGAGGCUCUACAUACCUUUAGCCAACAGCAGGGGGAGCCAGAAAGCAACAGGCAAGUGGUGGGAACAGAGGAGCGAAUCCCCAUUCCUCUUAUGGAUUACAUUCUGAAUGUGAUGAAAUUUGUGGAGUCCAUUCUUAGUAACAACACAACAGAUGACCACUGUCAGGAAUUUGUCAGUCAGAAAGGACUCCUGCCACUGGUGUCAAUCCUUGGGCUGCCCAACCUGCCCAUUGACUUCCCCACCUCUGCUGCCUGCCAAGCUGUGGCAGGAGUCUGUAAAUCUAUACUGACUUUGUCCCAUGAGCCGAAAGUUCUCCAGGAGGGUCUGUGUCAGUUGGACAGCAUACUGUCUGCUCUGGAGCCUCUUCAUCGACCCAUCGAGGUUCCUGGUGGCUCUGUGCUGCUCCGAGAGCUGGCCAACGCAGGCCAUGUUACGGACGCCACACUGUCGGCACGCGCCACCCCGCUGCUGCACGCCCUGACGGCAGCACAUGCAUACAUCCUCAUGUUUGUUCAUACCUGCAGAGUUGGACAGAGUGAGAUCCGUGCUAUCUCAGUGAAUCAAUGGGGAUCUCAACUGGGUCUGAGUGUUCUGAACAAACUGAGUCAGCUCUACUGCUCUCUAGUGUGGGAGAGCACUGUGCUGCUGUCCCUCUGUACACCAAACAGUUUGCCUCCUGGCUGUGAGUUUGGUCAGGCCGACAUGCAGAAACUUGUGCCUAAAGAGGAUAAACCAUCCAGCAGCACAGCAGCUGCAGGAAGGAGAACUGCUGAGACUGAGACCCUGUCUGUGGGGGUGGAUCCCUCUGCUCAGGGUUUGCUGGAAGGAAUGGGCCUGGAUGGAGACUCUCUCGCUCCCAUGGAGACAGAUGAGCCCACAGCCACUGACCCAAAGACCAAGUCCAAACUCACCCCUGCCAUGGCAACACGCAUCAAACAAAUUAAGCCUCUGCUCUCAGCACUUUUUGGGCUGACUUUCUUUAUCUGCUCUGUGGGCUUCACUUCACCCAUGCUGUUUGAUGAGAGGAAGUAUCCGUACCAUCUGAUGCUGCAGAAGUUCUUCUGUUCUGGUGGCCAUGAUGCUUUGUUUGAGACGUUUAACUGGGCCCUGUCCAUGGGAGGUAAAGUGCCCGUGUCGGAGGGCUUGGAACACCUUGAGCUGCCUGAUGGGACAGGAGAAUUCCUAGACGCCUGGUUGAUGCUAGUAGAGAAGAUGGUGAACCCCAGCACAGUUCUGGACUCCCCACACUCUCUGCCCGCUAAAGUGCCUGGUGCAACACUUAACACGCCACAGUUCAGCGCAUUGCGCUUUCUCAUUGUCACCCAGAAGGCUGCAUUCAGCUGUAUCCGUAACCUGUGGAACCGUAAGCCCUUGAAGGUCUAUGGUGGACGCAUGGCUGAGUCUAUGCUGGCCAUUCUGUGCCACAUCCUACGAGGAGAACCUAUCAUCCAGGAGCGGCUCUCCAAAGAGAGGGAGGGCACUGCUCGGCCUGAUGAGGAGAGCAGUUCCGCAAGUGGUGGAGGAGCUAGCGGGCCUUCAGGAACAGGGGGAGUAGUUGGAGAAGGAGUGUCUGGAGGUGCCAAUGGCAGCACUGCUGGAGGCUCUACAGAGGAGGGAAGCAACUCUGCAGCACGCAGAGAGCCACAGGUCAACCAGGCUCAGCUGACUCAGCUAAUGGACAUGGGCUUCUCCAGAGAGCAUGCGAUGGAGGCUCUGCUAAACACCAGCACUAUGGAACAGGCCACGGAGUACCUGCUCACACACCCUCCACCACUGCUCAGCGCAGCUGUCAGAGAGUUCACCAUGUCUGAAGAAGACCAGAUGAUGCGGGCCAUUGCCAUGUCUCUAGGUCAAGAAGUUAGCAUGGAGCAGCGCUCAGACUCACCUGAGGAAGCAGCUCGUCGGCGUGAGGAGGAGGAGAGGAGAGCAAGGGAGCGGGUAGAAGAGGAAGAGGCACGCUGUCUGGAGCGAUUCCUGGAAGCUGAGCCUCUAGACACCACAGAGCUACAUGCCUUCACAGACUCGAUGCUGCCUGGCUGCUUCCACCUGCUUGACGAGCUGCCGGACACAGUCUACCGCCUCUGUGAUCUGCUCAUGACUGCUAUUAAAAGGAACGGCCCUGAGUACAGGGACCUCAUCCUCAGACAGGUGGUCAAUCAGGUGUGGGAGGCUGCCAACGUGUUGAUAAAGGCUGCAGUGCCGCUAACAACCAGCGACACCAAGACAGUGUCUGAGUGGACGAGACAGAUGGCAACCCUCCCCCAGGCCUCCAACCUGGCCACCCGCAUCCUGCUGCUCACGCUGCUCUUUGAGGAGCUGAAACUCUCAUGUGCUCGGGUAGUGGAGAGCAGUGGUGUCUUGACUGUGCUGAUCAAGCUGUUGGAGGUGGUGCAGCCCUGUCUGCAAGCUGCCAAAGAGCAGAAGGACAUCCAAACACCCAAAUGGAUCACCCCUGUUCUCCUGCUUAUUGACUUCUAUGAGAAAAUGGCUGUUUCAUCCAAACGAAGAGCUCAGAUGAAUAAGUACCUGCAGCCCAGUGGGAAUAACUGGCGCUGGUUUGAUGACCGCUCAGGCCGCUGGUGUAGCUACAGUGCGAGUAACAACAGCACCAUCGACUCAGCCUGGAGGGCAGGAGAGACCAGUGUCCGCUUCACUGCAGGCCGUAGAAGAUACACUGUCCAGUUCAACACCAUGGUGCAGGUGAAUGAGGAGACGGGGAACAGACGGCCGGUUAUGUUGACGGUACAGCGGGUGCCGCGGGUGCCCAAGACCUCAAAAUCCGGGAGUGUUACUGAUACAGAGAGAGAAGAGAGUGAACAGCGAGCAAAGACUGAAGAGACACAGACUGACACAGAUUCCGGCUCUGUGGCUGUGGAGAUGGCGCCCCCUAAAGAAGAGUCAGAGCAGAAGGAGUCAAGCACAGCAGCUCCCUCUACCCUUCAGGACCCCUCUGGUUCCAGUGGGAUUGUUGUACAGGGGAUGACGGAGGACAUGAUCACCGUUUUGAUCCGCGCCUGUGUCAGCAUGAUCAGCGUUCCCGUGGAUCCGGACACUUUACAUGCCACUUUGCGUCUCUGUCUGCGUCUCACGCGUACACACCAUUACGCCAUGAUGUUUGCAGAGCUCAAGAGCACUCGCAUGAUCCUGAACCUCACGCAGAGCUCAGGGUUCAAUGGCUUUACCCCUUUGGUCACUCUGCUCUUCCGUCACAUCAUAGAAGACCCAGCCACCCUGCGACACACUAUGGAGAAGGUGGUACGGUCUGCCGUCACCAGUGGUGCAGGAAGCACUACUUCAGGUGUGGUGUCAGGUAGUCUGGGCUCCAGGGAGAUCAACUACAUCCUACGUGUCCUCGGCCCAGCGGCCUGUCGCAACCCAGAGUGCUUUAUGGAAACUGCCAAGAGCUGUAUCCGAAUUGCUCUCCCGGCUGCAAGAGGUGCUGGCACUGCCUCAGAUGAUGAGUUUGAGAACUUCAGAAUUAAAGGUCCAAAUGCUGUUCAGCUUGUGAAGACGACACCCCUGAAGCUGUCCCCACUGCCCUGCAUACCAGAGACUAUUAAAGAGGUCAUCUAUGACAUGCUGAAUGCCCUAGCAGCAUAUCACGCCCCAGAAGAGGCAGAGAGAGGAGAGGAGCGGGCAACCUCAGUACCAGGAAGUCAAGACCUGUGUCAGAUCCUGCAGGAUGUCGGUGAUGAUGUCUACCAGCAGUACAGACUUACCAGACAAGGCAGUGAUUUUGAUUCGCAGUCUGCCUUCCACAUCAAUACUCAGGUGUUUGCUGCAGAUGGUGCUGUUGCAGAAUCCUCCCAAUCUGGAACUCCACAGGGAGAAGCCUCUACGCCUGAGGAAAUGCGUGAAGAGAAAAAGGAACAGGAGGGAGAGAAGGGAGCUUCCUCGGAGGAGAGCCGAGCUGCCAAAGCUAAGGCCAGCAAACCCCUGAUGCCUACUUCUACCAUCCUGAGGCUGCUUGCAGAGCUGGUGCGCUCCUAUGUUGGCAUCGCCACUCUCAUCACCUCUUACAACUACGCAGCUGGCCAGUCAGAGCUCAUUAAGGAGGAUUGCAGUGUGCUGGCAUUUGUUUUGGAUCACUUGCUCCCACACACCCAGAACUCAGAGGACAAGGACACCCCUGCCCUUGCACGACUUUUCCUGGCCAGCCUCGCUGCAGCUGGCACAGGCACUGAUGCCCAGGCGUCCCUGGUCAACGAGGUCAAGGCUGCUUUGAGUCGAGCUUUGGGCAUGGCAGAAGGCACAGAGAAACAUGCCCGCUUGCAAGCAGUGAUGUGUAUCAUCAGCACCAUUAUGGAGUCGUGUCCCUCCACCUCGAGCUUCUACAGCACAGCCACAGCCAAGACCCAGCACAACGGCAUGAACAAUAUCAUCCGACUCUUCCUAAAGAAAGGCCUUGUUAAUGACCUUGCACGUGUGCCUCAUAGCCUUGAUCUAUCCAGUCCUAAUAUGGCAAACACAGUAAAUGCUGCUCUGAAGCCUUUGGAGACAUUGUCGCGAAUUGUGAAUCAGCCUAGCAGUCUGUUUGGGGGUAAAGGGGGAUCCAGCAAGAACAAGACCGAGCAUGACACUGUUGGCACAGUCAGGGACAGCAACAGCAACACCCAAGAUCAAGGGGAGGCAGAACCAGCAGAGAAUCGUGACCGUGGUCAAGCCACAGAUGCCGACCUGAUGGAUGGAGAAACCGAGGGUGACACCGUGGUCAUUGCUGGACAGCCUGAGGUGCUAAGCACUCAGGCCAUGCAGGUGGAGAAUGAGUUGGUGGAUUUGAUUGAUGAACUUUUAGAAAGAGAUGCAGGAACUGUUAAUAGCACCAUCAUUGUGGGUCGCUCUGGAGAGGAUGAGUCUCAAGAGGACGUGCUGAUGGAUGAAGCUCCUUCCAAUAUGAGUCAGGCCUCCACUCUCCAAGCCAACAGAGAGGACUCUAUGAACAUCCUUGAGCCAGAAGAUGAGGAGCACACACAGGAGGAAGACUCCAGCGGCAGCAACGAGGAUGAGGAUAGUCAAGAUGAGGAGGAAGAGGAGGAGGAAGAAGAGGAGGAGGAUCAGGAUGAUGAGGAGGGAGAUGAGGAUGAUGAUGAUGAAGGUUCAGAAAUGGAACUGGAUGAAGAUUUUCCUGAUAUCAAUGCUGCUCCACACAUUCGUUUUGAGAGAUUUGACCGAGACGAUGACCUCAUCAUUGAGUUUGAUAACAUGUUCUCCACAUCUGCUGACAUCCCUCCCUCACCAGGAAAUAUCCCCAGCUCCCACCCUCUGAUGGUGCGUCACGCUGACCAUGGCUCACUGACUCUGGGGGGAUCAGGCACCAGCAGCAGAUUGGCUCAGGGCAUGGGACGCAGCCAACGCUCUCUCCGCCAGCUCACGGCCAACACAGGUCACACGGUCCAUGUACAUUACCCUGGUAACCGGCAGCCCAACCCUCCUCUCAUCUUGCAGAGAUUAUUGGGCCCCAGUGCUGCAGCUGAUAUCUUGCAGCUGUCAAGCUCUCUGCCUCUGCAGUCUCGUGGUCGUGCACGUUUACUGGUGGGCAAUGAGGAUGUGCACAUUAUUGCCCGUUCGGAUGAUGAGCUACUGGAUGACUUCUUCCAUGAGCAGAGUAGCACUGGAGGACAAGCUGGCACCCUUUCAAGCAUCCCGACCGCCUUAACCAGAUGGACGGAUGAGUGUAAAGUCCUGGAUGCCGAGAGCAUGCAUGACUGUGUGGCAGUGGUGAAGGUCCCCAUACUGCAGCACCUGGAGAGCUUGCGUGAUGAGGAGCUGGAGGAGCGCAGGGAGAAGAGAAGGAGACAGUUGGCAGAGGAAGAAGAGACGGCCAAACAGAAUGAGAGUUCUGCAGCUGGAGAGGAGUCCCGGGAACAGAGCCUACAGGGCUCUGGGCUUGGAACAGUCAAUGGAGCUGGAGAGAAUGCUGCGGAAGGAGAACAGGCCCAGAGUGGAGUGUCGUCCUGCCUGGACCCUCCUCGCACCUCUGAGGGUUUCCUCACUGCGCCCCCAUCAGGAGAAGUCACCCCAACCACCCCUGCCCCGCACGAGCAAGCCCUCGUGUCUCUGGAAACAGCCAUCAGUCAGCAGGUGCACCAGCCAAUCACGGAGCUGCUGCUGGCUGAGUCCAAUCCUGACUCUCACGGAGCCUUGGCAGGAGCGGGGCUUCCCCAGCUCUCAGCACCUGAUAGGCCGAAUUGUGAGGCAGAAGCAUCUCAGAUGGAGAUGUCACCUGCACCCACUAUUGGUGAGAGAGGAGGAGGAGGAGCAUUGGAUGCAGUCAGGGAAGUUUCUUCUCAUUCUGUUAUCUGGUCAGAAGGAGAACAGGCCCAGAGUGGAGUGUCGUCCUGCCUGGACCCUCCUCGCACCUCUGAGGGUUUCCUCACUGCGCCCCCAUCAGGAGAAGUCACCCCAACCACCCCUGCCCCGCACGAGCAAGCCCUCGUGUCUCUGGAAACAGCCAUCAGUCAGCAGGUGCACCAGCCAAUCACGGAGCUGCUGCUGGCUGAGUCCAAUCCUGACUCUCACGGAGCCUUGGCAGGAGCGGGGCUUCCCCAGCUCUCAGCACCUGAUAGGCCGAAUUGUGAGGCAGAAGCAUCUCAGAUGGAGAUGUCACCUGCACCCACUAUUGGUGAGAGAGGAGGAGGAGGAGCAUUGGAUGCAGUCAGGGAAGCUUCUCUCAGUCCAGAUAUAGCUGAAAGUUCAGAGCCUGUACCAGUGGGUGUGUCUCAGCUUGAGGGUUCACCCAUGGAUACAAGCAGUCCCGCCUCAGGAACGCAGGAAGAGCCAGCUGCCAGCUCCGCUCCACUCAAUCACAUGUCUCAGGAACUGUCAGGAAGUGGUGACAGUGGCCUCACAGACAGGCAAACAGAUGCAGAAACAGGCUCAACUUCUGUUUCAUCUCCUGGUGAAACCAUGCCUCGGAGUGACAGUGCAGAUAGCCAAUCACAGGCAAUCCAGGAGGAGCCCCUCCCAUCCACCAGCAAUGAAGAGGAUGACCCUCUGGCUGGCAUCAGUCUGCCAGAAGGCGUGGACCCAUCUUUCUUGGCAGCGCUGCCUGAAGACAUCCGUCGGGAGGUGCUGCAGAACCAGUUGGGAAUCAGACCUCCUUCGAGGCCUCCUGUCGCCUCCACGUUGGCAACGUCAGCUAGCACUGUGCUGGCAGGAGGACCAGGGGUUACUGAGGUCAGCCCAGAAUUCCUAGCUGCUCUCCCACCUGCAAUUCAGGAAGAGGUCUUGGCCCAGCAACGGGCAGAGCAGCAGCGUCGAGAGCUAUCCCAGCAACCUCUACAGGGCGAUCAACCUCUGGACCCUGUCACGUUCAUCCAGACCCUGCCCUCUGAGUUGCGGCGAUCCGUUCUGGAGGACAUGGAGGAUAGCGUGUUGGCGGUCAUGCCCCCAGAUAUUGCAGCAGAAGCUGCAGCACUGCGGAGGGAACAGGAGGCCAGGCAGAGACAGCUGAUGCAUGAGAGGUUGUUCGGUCACAGUUCUUCCUCAGCCCUGUCUGCGAUCCUACGCUCACCUGCCUUCACAAGCCGCCUCGGUGGCAACCGUGGGGUACAAUACACUCGAUUGGCUGUGCAAAGAGGAGGGACAUUUCAAAUGGGAGGGAGUGCCAAUCACAGCCGGCCCUCUAGCUCUAACGUUGAUUCUCUUCUGCGUCUGCGGGGGCGUCUCUUGUUGGACCAUGAGGCCUUGUCCUGCCUUCUAGUGCUGCUUUUUGUGGACGAGCCCAAGCUCAAUACCAGCCGCCUCCACCGAGUGCUGCGUAACUUGUGCUACCACUCUCAGACACGUGGCUGGGUCAUCCGCAGCCUCUUGUCUAUCCUUCAGCGUAGCAGCGAGAGUGAGCUCUGCCUGGAGACUGCACGCCUGGAGGAGUCCCGUGGCAAGCGCUCACUAGGCCAGGGCCCAUCGAGUGGAGGAAAGGCUUCCUCUUCAUCCCCGCAGGCUGCUGUAUCCUCUUCGUCAUCGUCCUCCUCGUCAUCUUCCUCUCUGGAGCUGUUGAACAGAGUGGAGUCGCGUAGUUCCAGUCAGCUCUCCUGGCUGUCUGUUUCAAUGGACGCAGCUUUGGGAUGCAGGACCAACAUCUUUCAGAUCCAGCGGGCGUCGGGCAGAAAACACAUGGAGAAGCAUUCAGCAGGAGGGGGCAUGAGCUCGGGAGGGCUCGGAGGUGGAGUUUCAGGAAUGGGAGUAGCAUGUGCAGGGGGAGGAGGUGGAUCAACUGUUCACAUCCACCCACAGGCUGCUCCAGUUGUAUGUCGACAUGUACUAGAUACCCUCAUCCAACUGGCCAAGGUGUUUCCCAGUCACUUCACUCAGCAGCGCUGUAAAGAUCCCCUGUCGUCGUCCUUAUCAGAGUUGGACACUCGUCUUUGUGCCAGCUCAACACCGACUCCCAGUGGAAGCUGCCGGUCUGGUGGCACCAGCCAGAGCAACUCCUCAGCUACCCUGAGUAAUCCCACUUCUACCCACAAUUUCCUGAGCGCCUGCACAGUUACACCACAGUCCCUGGGCAUUUCCACUGAUUUCUGGGAUCUCCUGGUCAAGCUGGACAACAUGAAUGUGAGCCGUAAAGGCAAGGCCUCCAUGAAGACUGUGCCUCUAGGGGGUGCUGGUGAGACAGAGGGGGCUCUAUUGAGCCUUGAGGCGUCUCCACUGGGCCAGCUGAUGAACAUGCUCUCCCACCCAGUAAUCCGCCGUAGUUCCCUUCUUACUGAGAAACUGCUCCGUCUGCUCUCUUUGAUCUCCAUCGCUCUGCCUGACAACAAGGCCACGGAGGUUCCAGCCAGCCACCCAGUGCCUCAGGCCCCAACUGCCACACCCUCUGCACCUACCACUCAAACCACAGUGGGGUCAGGGACCAUCUCAGCGGUGGCAGGUACGGGCACCACGCAGGGCUCAGUGGGCCCGACGCCCUCUCAACCAGCCACCAUGGUAUCUGUUGCUACAAGCAGCACCACCACCUCCGGCAGUAUUGCUGCAGGAAAACAGAAGCCAGCAGUGAGCAGCACAGACAUUGAAACCAAACUGGCCUCUACUGGACUAACAGAGAAACAGCUGCAGCUCUCUGUGGAGGUGCUGACAUCCCACUCGUGUUCUGAGGAAGGUCUGGAGGACGCGGCCAACAUCCUGCUGCAGCUGUCCAGAGGGGACGCACUGACCCGAGACACUGUAUUGAGACUUCUACUCAGCGGGGCACGUCAGCUCGGAUACACUCUCUGCAAACAAAUCGGCACUUUACUGGCGGAGUUGAGGGAGUAUAACCUGGAGCAGCAGAGAAGAGCACGUGCUGAUGCUCAGUCUCCUGAAGCUUCUCAUGAGGACCCAUCCAUCACCACACGCCUAAAGGGCAAGAUGACCAGCAGAUUUGAUGGGUCAGAGAGUGUGGUGAUUGUGGCUGCUCAGAAGCGCACGUUAGGUGGUCGUGAGCUGCAGCUGCCCUGCAUGAGCUCGCUCACGUCCAAGACCUCCACGCAGAAGUUUUUCCUGCGUGUGCUGCAGGUCAUCAUCCAGCUUAGAGAAGACACACGGCGGGCUAACAAGAAAGCUAAGCAGACAGGAGGAAGACUGAGUUCGACCAGUCUGGGCUCGGCCAGCAGUAUCCAGGCUGCGGUCCGUCAGCUAGAGGCUGAAGCAGACGCCAUCAUUCAGAUGGUGAGAGAGGGGCAGAGGGCACGCCGUCUACAGCAGGCCCCCCCACCCUCUUCAGCUGCAUCCUCUUCCGCUGCUGCUGCAUCCGCUGCUGUGGCUGUGGCUGUGGCUGGAUCGUCUGCCCCCAGUACCUCUGCAACCAACAACCCCCCCGCUGGCACGGCCAGCUCAGCCACGUCGGAGGUGCACUCGGUUGCCGAGCCCCUAGCAGCUCAAAGAGAUGAUUCGCCCAUGGAUGUGGACCAGCCCUCACCCCUAGAGCAGGACCAGGCAGCAUUAGGUGAAGAGAGCAGCAGUCAGCAGGAACAAGAGGAGCGUUUGCCUGACCUGCCACUGUUGAGUGAGCAGCUAUUGCUGGAUGAGCUAUGGAAUAUGCUAGGGGAGUGUCUGAAAGAGCUCGAGGAGUCUCAUGACCAACAUGCAGUUUUAGUGCUUCAACCUGCAGUGGAGGCCUUUUUCCUGGUGCACGCCACUGAGAGGGAAAGCAAACCUCCGGUUCGAGACACUCGAGAGAGCCAAGAACACAUUAGCAACAAGACCCACCGCACAGUGCUGAAUCAGAUCCUGCGACAGUCCACCACUCAUCUGGCAGAUGGGCCGUUCGCUGUUUUGGUUGACUACAUCCGCAUCUUGGACUUUGAUGUCAAGCGCAAGUAUUUCCGUCAGGAGUUGGAGCGUUUGGAUGAGGGCCUGAGGAAAGAGGAUAUGGCCGUCCAUGUGAGGAGAGACCAUGUCUUUGAAGAUUCUUACAGAGAGCUGCACCGCAAGAGCCCAGAGGACAUGAAGAACAGACUGUAUAUAGUCUUUGAAGGAGAGGAGGGUCAGGAUGCAGGUGGGCUGUUAAGGGAGUGGUACAUGAUCAUCUCCAGAGAAAUGUUCAACCCUAUGUACGCCCUGUUCCGCACUUCUCCUGGUGACCGGGUCACCUACACCAUCAACCCGUCCUCCCACUGCAACCCCAACCAUCUCAGCUACUUCAAGUUUGUGGGACGUGUGGUGGCUAAAGCAGUCUAUGACAACAGGCUAUUAGAGUGUUACUUCACACGCAGCUUCUACAAGCACAUCCUGGGCAAAAGCGUCAGGUAUACAGACAUGGAAAGCGAAGACUAUCCAUUCUUCCAGGGUCUGGUCUACUUGUUGGAGAACGAUGUGUCUACUCUGGGCUACGAGCUGACAUUCAGCACAGAGGUCCAAGAGUUUGGCGUGUGUGAAGUGAGAGAUCUGAAGGCCAAUGGUGCCAACAUCCUUGUCACAGAGGAGAAUAAGAAAGAAUAUGUGCAUCUGGUCUGCCAGAUGAAGAUGACAGGUGCAAUCCGUAAGCAGCUGGCUGCCUUCUUAGAGGGCUUCUAUGAGAUCAUCCCCAAGAGACUGAUCUCCAUUUUCACUGAGCAAGAGCUAGAGCUGCUCAUCUCCGGCCUGCCCACCAUCGACAUUGACGACCUCAAGGCCAAUACAGAAUACCACAAAUAUCAGUCCAGUUCUAUUCAGAUCCAGUGGUUCUGGCGUGCAUUACGAUCCUUUGACCAGGCUGACCGAGCUAAAUUCCUGCAGUUUGUUACAGGCACAUCUAAAGUGCCACUGCAGGGCUUUGCUGCACUGGAGGGAAUGAAUGGCAUCCAGAAGUUCCAGAUCCACAGAGAUGACCGCUCCACUGACCGCCUGCCCUCUGCGCACACUUGCUUUAACCAGUUGGACCUCCCAGCGUAUGAGAGCUACGAGAAGUUAAGACACAUGCUGCUGAUGGCCAUUCAGGAAUGUUCUGAAGGCUUUGGACUGGCCUAAAGACUGUCCUAAACCCGUACACAGACACACACACACAGAGAUAUGUAGACUUACAUGUUGUUAACUUAUGACACACAUGCAUAUUCACACUAUCAUACAUACGGCCAAGACCUACUUCUAAUCCACAUAAAACAAACAGAUGGACGGCUAAACGAGUGACAGAGAUUUAUUGACAUUGCCUACUACACACAGAGCCUCUCAUUGACACACAACGAACUGUAUUUGGUAUAUGUGUGUGUCUCACUUCCCUAUUAAAAUUACAGAGCCUGAGAGGAUCACAAAGGAUAUCUGCGGACUAAUAUAAAAGACAUUUUCUCCAUUUAGUUUGGUUUCUCUGUACAAAAGGUUUGGGAGUUUAUUAUGUUUAAUCUUUUUUGUUCUUCUCUGGCUGUUAAAAAGGAGAGGACUGUUUUGUGUGUAAAGAGGAUGGUUGUAACCCUCUGGCGUGGGGUGGGGGUGGGUCCUGUGAUUGUCCUCUGUUGCUAAUGUGUGACCUCACUAGCUUUGCAAAUGGGAACUUUAAUUUGGGGGAGGGGAAGUCAUGGACAAGGGUGGGAGGGCGAGAACAUGGAGUGAGGUUUUGGUGAAAUUGCAGACGUGCAGGGAUUUUCAGAACGGGGACAUUUUUAGGCAACUUUUGUGGUAUUUUUGGAGAGGAACACAGAUUUGAGAAGUGAAGGACUGAGACGUGCUCAGACACAUGCGGUUAUUACCCAACUGCUGAUGCAGCCUCUCAGCAGCUAAUCAGAACGUAAAUUGCUACAUAAAUAAAUGCAUAAAAUGAGCCCACUGUGUCCUCUAGAGUUGUUUCAAUGUAUGCCUUACACAUUUGCUCUAACAGGAGCAAAUAUCAUUUAUAUGUUAAGAAAUAUACUGAUGGAGGUCCAUGGAAACUAACUUGACACAUGCUGUGGGGUCCAAGUAUUAAAAGCUCUAUUCUUCAUCCUGA